AUGGAAAUUACAUUGAAGGGUUUUCCUAUGAAGGUGGUAAAUAUUCCUUGGAGGAAUAAUAACCUCAGUACUGUGAACACAGAGCCACCCCUGUCCGAACAAGGAGAAACUAUCAUUGGAAUAUAUCUGUUAGUGUUGGGAUGGCUGUCCUGGUUUGGAAACAGUUUAGUGAUGUUUAUCCUGUACAGGCAACGGGCCUCACUACAGUCCACCGACUUCCUCACCUUAAAUCUUGCCAUCUCUGAUGCCAGCAUCUCCAUAUUCGGCUACUCCAGAGGGAUCCUACAAAUAUUCAAUGUCUUUAGGGACGAUGGGUAUUUGAUUACCUGGAUCUGGACGUGCCAGGUAGAUGGCUUCUUUACCCUACUCUUCGGCCUUGCAAGCAUCAACACCUUGACCGUUAUCAGCAUCACCAGAUACAUCAAGGGAUGCCACCCAAACAAAGCUUACUGUAUUAGCGUGAACACCAUUGCUGUAUCGCUGAUCUGCAUUUGGACCGGAGCGAUGUUUUGGUCUGCUGCUCCACUGCUAGGCUGGGGCAGCUACACAGAUCGAGGAUAUGGUACCUGUGAGGUGGACUGGGCCAAAGCCAAUUACUCCACCAUCCACAAAUCCUACAUCAUCUCCAUCCUCAUCUUCUGCUUUUUCAUCCCUGUGAUGAUAAUGCUCUUCUGCUACACCUCCAUUAUCAACACAGUGAAAAACACCAACGCCAUGACCGCAGAUGGUUUCCUUACAUCCCGCCAAAGGAAGGUGGAGAGAGAUGUCACAAGGAUUUCCAUUGUAAUCUGCACAGCUUUCAUCAUGGCCUGGUCCCCAUAUGCAGUCGUGUCUAUGUGGUCAGCCUGGGGCUUCAAUGUGCCAAGCACAACCAGCAUCAUGACACGUCUCUUUGCCAAGUCUGCCAGCUUCUACAACCCGCUCAUCUACUUUGGCAUGAGCUCCAAGUUUCGCAAUGACAUCUCUGUGCUGCUGCCCUGCACACGAGAACACAGGGAGGUGGUGCGUCUGCAGCAUUUUAAAAACUUCAAACCUAAAGCUGAGGCCCCGCCCCCAGAUGCAUUACUGCCUGUCCAGAAUCCGGAGGCAAAAUAUGCCGCAGCCAUUCCUGAAAGUGACUCAGGGGUCAACAGCCCUCCCCACACGCCUCCAUUUGUCAUCACCAAUGACCUGCCCUCACACAUCGAAACAUCAGAGUACUGGUGUGACAGGCUCUGA